AUGCGACCCUUCUCGAAACGAAUUUGCCGCCUUCCAAUACAACGCCUUCUAUACAAUGACUCACAAGCCACUAAAGUUGCCAACUUAGGAGCAAUGACCGAAUAUCUGAGCUCUGAAGCCGUUCCCCAUAUGUUAAGCCGGACUAUAAAAACUGAGAAAUUAGACCCGCAAAUAAAACUCAGACUCCUGCCCACGCAACAUCCGUAUUUACCAUCGAUACAAGGACCAACGAAAUACAAGCACUCCAUAACCGCUAUCGGGCUGAUCAUUCGUAGCUUUGUGCUUCACGGAAACGCUAUUCUGCACGUGACUGGGGUUGAGACCAUAACUGGCGUCAGCAAAAGUCAACGUUACAAUACUAUUACAGGAAACGACAAAAUUGUUAUACAUUGGCACAGCUGUGAUGCCGACGGUUACUACCAUGCAAACUCAGGAAACUCCACUUCGCAGGCGAAUUUGUUGUUCUCCAACGCCAAAGAUAACAUAAAUCUGAAAAGGGAGACAGACUCAUUGCCUUAUGGCGAUUUGCUACAAUAUAUUAUGAACCCUAGUCUGGGUUUAUCCCGGGAUACUAUUAAUGAGCAAACGAAGUCACUGGAUGACUACAGACAGCAAGAGGGAAAUUCCCGCAGUAUCCAUGGAUAUUUUAUUUUCGAACUCAACUGUGAUAAUACAAAGAUACUGGUACACACCAUUGACAACGUAGAAAUGCUGGAUAAACCCAAGAAACAAGAGACUGGGGCCCUGGCAUGCUGA